CCCACCUCUAGCUGCAUGCAUUCGCACUUCAGAUACGCACUCCGGAGUCCAUGCACUUAACUUUGGGACACACCUUUAAAGACUUCGUUUGGAACGUCUCUACAAAUGAAGUGUCCUUUAAGGGCGCAAAAUCGUAGUUAUUAAGGAGGAGCGGAUAACAGUUAGCGUCAAGCUGGAUCCAGUCGCGUAUUUGAUUAAUUUACAUGUAGGACGAGACGACUGAUCUGCGGGAGGAAAAGCGUAAUAUAUGGCUCUGGUUUGAAAGCAGCGGCUGGAUCUGUAAUUCUGUACGUGGAUUUCGCUGUGGAUUAUUGUGCUAACGUUCCUGUAAAUUACCGCCGGAAGUUGUAGUUGAAGUCAAUAUAGAAGGUAGCUACAUUUAUGUCCAGUCCAAAUUGUUAACAUUUGAAUCGGAACCUGUGAAAUGCAACUUAUUCUGUCAUUUUUAUAUUAGGUGUAGCAGUCUAAUCAAACGUGUUUCCCCCAAGUUAAUCGUAAAUAGUCGCGGCGUGUGCAUGUAUCGUUCAUUGUGUGUUUUAUUUAUUUAUUUAUGACCGUUAACGUUAGUUAUAUUUAUUUGCACUUUUUCUGAAAUGUAUUUCCCCAUUUUAUGUGUAUAGGGCUUAUGCGUCGAGACGUCAUAACUAAGUAUAUCUCGUGCGAACAUGUGUUCAGGCCGUUCCUUUCAGAAUGUUCCCCUGAUCCUUUCCUCGGGUGAAACGAAUUAAUUUUGCAAUAUUUUUUUAUUUUUUUUAUUUUUUUUGAAACACGAAUUACUCUGUAGCUUUUACACACUUUGACUGCAGUUAAGAACAUCUUGAGAAUAAUUGCGAUUCAGUUUUAGUUUCGUUUUGGUUGCAUUCAGUGUUCCUCGAGAAACCCGGAUGGAAUUGAGUUUCAUCCGGGUUACUAUUAUUCGGCUUCAAAGUCUGAGUGUGAGUACGAAAUCUGAAGAAAAAAAUCCGUCAGCCUGGAUUUACUAGAGGUGUGAUUGUUUGAGAAGCCUGCAGUAUGGCAUCCGCACAUCAAUCUGCUAUAGAGUACCUCAGAAACGCCAGGAAAGACCUGGUGACUCAUAUGAAAAACCUUCCUCUGAUCAUCGAGAAUCUUUAUCAGAAGAAGAUUCUGGAUGUCACUAAGAAGAGGACACUGGAUCCUGGUUUACACUUCUGGAUCAGCUGUUCUCCCUUCAGAGAUGAAGACGCAGAGCCCAGCUGUUUAUUUGGUACAAAGCCCUGUCAGAUCUACCAGACACAGCUCAGGGUGAAAGCAAAAAGUAUCCUGAAGGACCAAAGCAAAUAUCUGGGUGACAAGGUGCAAGGAAGCUUCAGUUUUACACCUCUUGUUAUAAAGACUGACUCUGUCAUGCACAUACAAUACAAAAUAAAAUUGAAAAACAAAAAAUUAAAAAAACUACGGCCCAAGAAGCUGAGAGUUUACAAUCCUAACGAGGGACAAGCGUUAUCACCUGAGGACCUCCUGAGAUGGCCGGACAAGAACAUCCUCAUCAUCGGCAAACCUGGAGUAGGAAAGACUUCAGUUGUCCAGGAAAUGCUGCGUCUUUGGGCAGAGAAGGGUGGCAGACAGAUAGACUACAUGUUUUACUUUGAUCAGAGUGUUUUGGCCCACAGUAGUGUUGCUAGUUUGGAAUCUCUCUUGUUUGAGGUCUACUCAAAACCAAUGGAAGAAGACAAAAAAUACAUAUUUCAAGAUAUUGAGGAAAACUCUGACAAUGUUGUCGUUGUGUUUGAUGGUGUGACUAUUUUUGAAGAAAAAUCCAUCUUAUGGAACAUAAUGACGCACGAGCUCCUGCCAGAUGCCAAGAUUGUGAUCACAUGCAGAUCAGAGCAGGAAGAUGAUCCACUGUUCUCUGACUGGCCGACACGGACCGUGUAUGUACAAGGAUUCAGUGAAGAGUACAUCAGCACUUACUAUCAGAAGAUGUUGGGUCGUGAUCCUGUUCUUCUAGAAGCUGUUUUGAAGAAUCAAGAGCUGUUCAGUCUUAGUCACGUGCCAAUGUAUGCAUCUCUGAUUGUAGACUUCAUUAAGUUUAAAAAUGUCACUGAAUGCAACCAUCAUCACACAGUCACUGAAAUCUACAUCCAGAUUUUCCUUCUUGCUGUGAAGAGACAUGGAAAUAAACAGAAUAAGCAAAUCGAUAAGUACCUAAAAGAGAAAAAGGAUCAGAUUCAUAGAUUGAUGGAAAACGCUUUCGAUGGCACUAUGCAGAAGUGCCUGAACCUUCCAGAUUUUAGCAGUGAUGAGGCGGACAUUUGUCAUGCUUUUCUGAAAAUGAUCACAACAACAGACUCGCCAACAUCUGCAACUACACACUGUGCGUUUCUCCACAACACCAUGCAGGAUUUCUUCUCUGCUUUGUGGCUUCUUGGACAUCCAGAUGAAAUUGAGAAAGUCCUACAGCUCUGUCAGACUGAGGAGCAUAAACACAUGAGACAUGUUCUUCCUUUCUUAUGUGGACUUCUGAGUGAACACAACACCAGACUCCUCAAGUGUCUCUUCCCAGAGGAUCAGAUACAGAAAACAUCUGACUGGUUGAUUGAGAAGCUUUUGGACGCGCUUCUUCAACCUCAGAGUGAAGAGUUUGAUCUUCUCUAUGUGUGUCAGUGCUUGUAUGAGCUCCAGUCUCCUAAAGCCUGCUUAAUGUUCCUGGAGAAGAUGAACCAUCAGAUUGAACCAGAAGUGGAUCUUGAUCCUCAUCAGAGUUGUGCUCUCUCUUAUGUGAUCGGUCAGUCCAGAGAUAAAGAGGUUUAUCUGAAUCUGGACGACUGUGACGUGACUGAUGUAGGGAUGAUCAUGAUGCUCAGCUGCUCACCAAACAUCAGGUUAAAGACUUGUAAAGAACUGCUGAAGCAAAUCACGUUCUAUGUAGAAUUUUUCCAUAAAACAUCUCAUUGCAAAUGCAAACUUCUUGAGGUGAGAGUACAAUACAACCAAGAAAAAUGCAGUGCUCUGCUGGAUCUGUUCUCUCAUGUGAAGAACUAUGAGACACAAACAGGCAGGAGUUUUCUUCCAGCAUUACAGUCAUUUUUCCAGUUACCUGAUGAUGUCAGGUUCAUAGAUCUCUCAAAGAGAAAGAGCUCCGUCCUCCUGGAAGUGCUGAAGCUCCAGACAGAGAAGAAACCAGUCGAGCUGAUAUGUUCAGAGGAAGAGAGUGACGUAAAGAGUUUCCUUCAGUGUCUGCAGCACAUCUCACAGCUGAGUUUCUCUAAUCUGAGUGAAAGCAGAUUUUUUCUGAGUCUCUUCAUGAAAGCAGCAGAGAUUGAGACACAGACAGGAGAACAGAUGCUGGAACAGUUAGCAUCAGUCUGUUCUCCUGGUUAUGGAUGGACUGACAUAUUUUAUGAUUAUGAUUUCCUGCUGGAUCUGUGCGCUCUUGUGAAGAACUACGAGACCCAAACAGGCAGGAGUUUUCUUCCAGCAUUACAGUCAGUUUUCCAGUUACCUGAUGAAUGGAUCAUAGAUCUCUCAGAGAGAAAGAUCUCCGUCCUCCUGGAAGUGCUGAAGCUCCAGACAGAGAAGAAACCAGUCGAGCUGAGAAGAUGUUCAGAGGAAGAGAGAGACGUGAUGAGUUUCCUUCAGUGUCUGAAACACAUCUCACAGCUGAGGUUCUGGUUCAGGUUCAGUUAUAAUAAAGAAGCAAGGAUGUCUGGAGUCAGAUUCCUGCUGAAUCUCUGUGUUGCUGCAGUAGAAACUGACAGAUAUACAGGAACAAGAUUCUCCUCUCUGCUGUCAUCUGUGUGCAGCUACAAAACCUUCCCUUUUGAUGAAGAGAGAGAUGAUUAUGAUGCUGAGGUUCAGAGUGAUUUCCUGCUGGAUCUGUGCUCUCUUGUGAAGAACUAUGAGACUCAAACAGGCAGGAGUUUUCUUUCAGCAUUACAGUCAGUUUUCCAGUUACCUGAUGUCUGGAUCAUAGAUCUCUCAGAGAGAAAGAUCUCCGUCCUCCUGGAAGUGCUGAAGCUCCAGACAGAGAAGAAACCAGUCGAGCUGAGAAGAUGUUCAGAGGAAGAGAGAGACGUGAUGAGUUUCCUUCAGUGUCUGCAGCACAUCUCACAGCUGAGGUUCUGGUUCAGUGAUGAAGAAGAAAGGAUGUCUGGAGUCAGAUUCCUGCUGAAUCUCUGUGUUGCUGCAGUAGAAACUGACAGAGAUACAGGAACAAGAUUCUCCUCUCUGCUGUCAUCUGUGUGCAGCUACAAAACCUUCCCUUUUGAUAAAGAGAGAGAUGGUCAGAGUGAUUUCCUGCUGGAUCUGUUCUCUCAUGUGAAGAACUAUGAGACUCAAACAGGCAGGAGUUUUCUUCCAGCAUUACAGUCAGUUUUCCAGUCACCUGAUGUCUGGAUCAUAGAUCUCUCAGAGAGAAAGAGCUCCGUCCUCCUGGAAGUGCUGAAGCUCCAGACAGAGAAGAAACCAGUCGAGCUGAGAAGAUGUUCAGAGGAAGAGAGUGAAGUGAUGAGUUUCCUUCAGUGUCUGCAGCACAUCUCACAGCUGAGGUUCUGGGACAUUGAUGAUAAAGAAGAAAGGAUGUCUGGAGUCAGAUUCCUGCUGAAUCUCUGUGUUGCUGCAGUAGAAACUGACAGAUAUACAGGAACAAGAUUCUCCUCUCUGCUGUCAUCUGUGUGCAGCUACAAAACCUUCCCUUUUGAUGAAGAGAGCGAUGAUCAGAGUGAUUUCCUGCUGGAUCUGUUCUCUCUUGUGAAGAACUAUGAGACUCAAACAGGCAGGAGUUUUCUUCCAGCAUUACAGUCAUUUUUCCAGUUACCUGAUGAUGUCUGGAUCAUAGAUCUCUCAAAGAGAAAGAGCUCCGUCCUCCUGGAAGUGCUGAAGCUCCAGACAGAGAAGAAACCAGUCGAGCUGAUAUGUUCAGAGGAAGAGAGUGACGUGAAGAGUUUCCUUCAGUGUCUGCAGCACAUCUCACAGCUGAGUUUCUCUAAUCUGAGUGGAAGCAGAUUUUUUCUGAGUCUCUUCAUGAAAGCAGCAGAGAUUGAGACACAGACAGGAGAACAGAUGCUGGAACAGUUAGCAUCAGUCUGUUCUUCUGGUUAUGGAUGGACUUACAUAUUUGAUGAUUAUGAUUUCCUGCUGGAUCUGUUCUCUCAUGUGAAGAACUAUGAGACUCAAACAGGCAGGAGUUUUCUUCCAGCAUUACAGUCAGUUUUCCAGUCACCUGAUGUCUGGAUCAUAGAUCUCUCAGAGAGAAAGAUCUCCGUCCUCCUGGAAGUGCUGAAGCUCCAGACAGAGAAGAAACCAGUCGAGCUGAGAAGAUGUUCAGAGGAAGAGAGAGACGUGAUGAGUUUCCUUCAGUGUCUGCAGCACAUCUCACAGCUGAGGUUCUGGUUCAGUGAUAAUAAAGAAGCAAGGAUGUCUGGAGUCAGAUUCCUGCUGAAGCUCUGUGUUGCUGCAGUAGAAACUGACAGAUAUACAGGAACAAGAUUCUCCUCUCUGCUGUCAUCUGUGUGCAGCUACAAAACCUUCCCUUUUGAUGAAGAGAGCGAUGAUCAGAGUGAUUUCCUGCUGGAUCUGUGCUCUCUUGUGAAGAACUAUGAGACUCAAACAGGCAGGAGUUUUCUUCCAGCAUUACAGUCAGUUUUCCAGUCACCUGAUGUCUGGAUCAUAGAUCUCUCAGAGAGAAAGAUCUCCGUCCUCCUGGAAGUACUGAAGCUCCAGACAGAGAAGAAACCAGUCGAGCUGAGAUGUUCAGAGGAAGAGAGAGACGUGAAGAGUUUCCUUCAGUGUCUGCAGCACAUCUCACAGCUGAGGUUCUUGGACAUUGAUGAUGAAGAAGCAAGGAUGUCUGGAGUCAGAUUCCUGCUGAAUCUCUGUGUUGCUGCAGUAGAAACUGACAGAGAAACAGGAACAAGAUUCUCCUCUCUGCUGUCAUCUGUGUGCAGCUACAAAACCUUCCCUUUUGAUAAAGAGAGCGAUGAUCAGAGUGAUUUCCUGCUGGAUCUGUUCUCUCAUGUGAAGAACUAUGAGACUCAAACAGGCAGGAGUUUUCUUCCAGCAUUACAGUCAGUUUUCCAGUCACCUGAUGUCUGGAUCAUAGAUCUCUCAGAGAGAAGGAUCUCCGUCCUCCUGGAAGUGCUGAAGCUCCAGACAGAGAAGAAACCAGUGAAGCUGAGAAGAUGUUCAGAGGAAGAGAGUGAAGUGAUGAGUUUCCUUCAGUGUCUGCAGCACAUCUCACAGCUGAGGUUCUGGUUCAGUAAUAAAGAAGAAAGGAUGUCUGGAGUCAUAUUCCUGCUGAAGCUCUGUGUUGCUGCAGUAGAAACUGACAGAGAUACAGGAACAAGAUUCUCCUCUCUGCUGUCAUCUGUGUGCAGCUACAAAACCUUCCCUUUUGAUGAAGAGAUUUAUCAUCAUGUUCAUCAUUAUCAGAGUGAUUUCCUGCUGGAUCUGUUCUCUCAUGUGAAGAACUAUGAGACUCAAACAGGCAGGAGUUUUCUUCCAGCAUUACAGUCAGUUUUCCAGUCACCUGAUGUCUGGAUCAUAGAUCUCUCAGAGAGAAAGAUCUCCGUCCUACUGGAAGUGCUGAAGCUCCAGACAGAGAAGAAACCAGUCGAGCUGAGAAGAUGUUCAGAGGAAGAGAGAGACGUGAUGAGUUUCCUUCAGUGUCUGCAGCACAUCUCACAGCUGAGGUUCUGGUUCAGUAAUAAAGAAGCAAGGAUGUCUGGAGUCAUAUUCCUGCUGAAGCUCUGUGUUGCUGCAGUAGAAACUGACAGAGAUACAGGAACAAGAUUCUCCUCUCUGCUGUCAUCUGUGUGCAGCUACAAAACCUUCCCUUUUGAUGAAGAGAUUUAUCAUCAUGUUCAUCAUUAUCAGAGUGAUUUCCUGCUGGAUCUGUUCUCUCGUGUGAAGAACUAUGAGACUCAAACAGGCAGGAGUUUUCUUCCAGCAUUACAGUCAGUUUUCCAGUUACCUGAUGAUGUCUGGAUCAUAGAUCUCUCAGAGAGAAAGAGCUCUAUCCUACUGGAAGUGCUGAAACUCCAGACAGAGAAGAAACCAGUCGAGCUGAGAAGAUGUUCAGAGGAAGAGAGAGACCUGAUGAGUUUCCUUCAGUGUCUGCAGCACAUCUCACAGCUGAGGUUCUGGUUCAGUAAUAAAGAAGAAAGGAUGUCUGGAGUCAGAUUCCUGCUGAAUCUCUGUGUUGCUGCAGUAGAAACUGACAGAGAAACAGGAACAAGAUUCUCCUCUCUGCUGUCAUCUGUGUGCAGCUACAAAACCUUCCCUUUUGAUGAAGAGAGCGAUGAUCAGAGUGAUUUCCUGCUGGAUCUGUUCUCUCAUGUGAAGAACUAUGAGACUCAAACAGGCAGGAGUUUUCUUCCAGCAUUACAGUCAGUUUUCCAGUCACCUGAUGUCUGGAUCAUAGAUCUCUCAGAGAGAAAGAUCUCCGUCCUACUGGAAGUGCUGAAGCUCCAGACAGAGAAGAAACCAGUCGAGCUAAGAAGAUGUUCAGAGGAAGAGAGAGACGUGAUGAGUUUCCUUCAGUGUCUGCAGCACAUCUCACAGCUGAGGUUCUGGUUCAGUAAUAAAGAAGCAAGGAUGUCUGGAGUCAUAUUCCUGCUGAAGCUCUGUGUUGCUGCAGUAGAAACUGACAGAGAUACAGGAACAAGAUUCUCCUCUCUGCUGUCAUCUGUGUGCAGCUACAAAACCUUCCCUUUUGAUGAAGAGAUUUAUCAUCAUGUUCAUCAUUAUCAGUGUGAUUUCCUGCUGGAUCUGUGCUCUCGUGUGAAGAACUAUGAGACUCAAACAGGCAGGAGUUUUCUUCCAGCAUUACAGUCAGUUUUCCAGUCACCUGAUGUCUGGAUCAUAGAUCUCUCAGAGAGAAAGAUCUCCGUCCUACUGGAAGUGCUGAAGCUCCAGACAGAGAAGAAACCAGUCGAGCUAAGAAGAUGUUCAGAGGAAGAGAGAGACGUGAUGAGUUUCCUUCAGUGUCUGCAGCACAUCUCACAGCUGAGGUUCUGGUUCAGUAAUAAAGAAGCAAGGAUGUCUGGAGUCAUAUUCCUGCUGAAGCUCUGUGUUGCUGCAGUAGAAACUGACAGAGAAACAGGAACAAGAUUCUCCUCUCUGCUGUCAUCUGUGUGCAGCUACAAAACCUUCCCUUUUGAUGAAGAGAGCGAUGAUCAGAGUGAUUUCCUGCUGGAUCUGUUCUCUCAUGUGAAGAACUAUGAGACUCAAACAGGCAGGAGUUUUCUUCCAGCAUUACAGUCAGUUUUCCAGUCACCUGAUGUCUGGAUCAUAGAUCUCUCAGAGAGAAAGAUCUCCGUCCUACUGGAAGUGCUGAAGCUCCAGACAGAGAAGAAACCAGUCGAGCUAAGAAGAUGUUCAGAGGAAGAGAGAGACGUGAUGAGUUUCCUUCAGUGUCUGCAGCACAUCUCACAGCUGAGGUUCUGGUUCAGUGAUGAAGAAGAAAGGAUGUCUGGAGUCAUAUUCCUGCUGAAGCUCUGUGUUGCUGCAGUAGAAACUGACAGAGAUACAGGAACAAGAUUCUCCUCUCUGCUGUCAUCUGUGUGCAGCUACAAAACCUUCCCUUUUGAUGAAGAGAUUUAUCAUCAUGUUCAUCAUUAUCAGAGUGAUUUCCUGCUGGAUCUGUGCUCUCGUGUGAAGAACUAUGAGACUCAAACAGGCAGGAGUUUUCUUCCAGCAUUACAGUCAGUUUUCCAGUUACCUGAUGAUGUCUGGAUCAUAGAUCUCUCAGAGAGAAAGAGCUCUAUCCUACUGGAAGUGCUGAAACUCCAGACAGAGAAGAAACCAGUCGAGCUGAGAAGAUGUUCAGAGGAAGAGAGAGACCUGAUGAGUUUCCUUCAGUGUCUGCAGCACAUCUCACAGCUGAGACUGUCCAAAGAGACUGCCCAGAAGCUUGUUGAAUGUGUCUAUGAAGCUCAAGAAGAAGAGCUGACUCGAUGCUUCCUGCAGAAAGUGGACGGGGAUCUGACUUCCUGUUCCUUGAGCUGGGAAGAGCUUCAUUAUUUCCUGCAGCACAGCAUUCAACAAAUCACUCUGAACCUCAGAAAGAGCAACAUUCAAUGCAGAAUCAGUGAAAUUCUGCCAUUCCUGAACAGGAUUCAGUUUAAAAGGAUGAGCUCUGCCUUCAUGCUGUGUGUGAUCAGAGAGGUCUAUGAGUCUGGCUCUGCUGGGUUUGUGUCCAGUCUGUUGAGUUCAGUGGAGAACUACAUUAACCUGCAGAGCAGAGAUCUGGACUCUGUUCACUGUGCGUCUCUGCGCUUCACACUGCAGCACUGCACUGCAGCUUCACUCAGUCUACAGUGGACCUCCGUACCAGAGGAAGAGCUGCAGAGCAUUCUGCCUCUCUUCACACACCUCUCCCACCUCAGUGUUGACAGGCUGCUGUUGCUGAAGAUGCUUCACUGCUGCAGUGUGUCUGAUGUCCAGCAGGAAACAGCAGCUGUUCUGCUCUCUGUCCUUCAGCACAAGCUGGACUUUUCCUGCCGCUCUGCUCUGGAUCUGACAACAAACACAGACUUAGAGCCUUUACAUCUGACCGCUGACGACUGCCAUGUGAUGUCCAGAGUCAUUCAGAGAGCUCAUUCAGACACAAAGACACGGCUGAUUCUGCAGGACUGUGAGAUACAUACAGCUGGAAUGGAUCAGCUGUUCCCAGUGUUACACUCUGUUCAGCUCUGCUGUGAUAAACCUCUGCUGCUUCAGUUUCUGGCUCAUGUGAGGCCUGAGGAAGCCCCGUCUCUCUCUCAAGCUCUGGGUGAAGAUCUGGAUCUCAGUCAGACUCAGCUGGAUCCACAGGUCUGUAGAGGUCUGGAGCUGAUUCUGGAAUAUUCUGAAGGACUGACAGAACUGGAUCUGAGUCAGUGCCGUCUCACCGAUCACAGUCUGGAUCUGCUGCUCCCAAACCUCCACAAAGCUCAAAUCAUUGAUUUCAGUGGCAAUAGCAUCACUGACGCUGGGGCUGAGAGAAUCUACAGGAUCGUCACUCACAACAGUAACAUAAAGACAGUAAGGCUCUUCAGCAACAGAAUUGAAUCCAGAGAGCUCUUCUGCUCAGACUCCCGAUUUGAGAUCUGGUGAUGCCAGUCAACUCUCUCUGGAAUCAGCAAACAGAGGGCAGCAACAAGGUCCAAGAAAAUCCACAGCGAAGGUGACAAGGAGGCAAUAGACGUGAAAACAACCAAAAUAAAGAGCAAGAGCAUUUAUACCGUUGAUUAGCUGAUCUCCUCCCCUUCAUCCUAAAGAAGAGAAACCUCAUCUGCAAGCAGCCAGUGUUCGACUGUCUGAGCUCUAGUGUUUACUGCAAACACUAUUCAAGAGAGACUUUGUACUCAGUUUAUUUGGCUAGUUGGGCAGGAGGGUAGGGUUACCAGCUGCUAAUAAGCUCAAGGGGGGACAAGGGGUAUGUUUCUUGAGGGAAAAUAUGGGACAGUGCCUGGUGUGGCGGUGCCCCCACUCCAUUGGCAGACUCACUGAUAGUGGUUCACCCAUUUCUAGCACAUACCACCUUACAUGGUGUAUUAAUAAUGCACCUUUCCCCUAAACAUGUGUAAUUGCUGAUGUAUUCUCAUGAAUAGGCCAAUCAAUGUGUAUUUAUUUUGCUAAAUAAAGAUUCAUAAUAUUCUGAACAUUCAACGAAUUGACAGAUGCACUUCCACUUUUUUCAUUACAAUUUUAAUUACAAUUUACAGAACCAGAUUAAAAAGAAAAAGUCUUAAAUCACAACUCCAGAGGUUCAGGGAACGAGAAGGGGGAGAAUGGAUGGUGAACUUGCAUGUUAGUAAAGGCAGGUGCAGGAAAAAAAAACUGUUCAGUUUUCUGGGGACACCUUUAGGACUCAAACCUUUUCACCAGCAUCUGAAUCAAAUAAAGAAGAAAGAUAAGAGACUUCUUGGUUUUCCAGACGGCCAAAACUAUGUAUUUUGCAUGCAUUGCAUUAUAGUGUGGAGUGCAUGAAAAUAAUAACAAGGCAGCAGAGCGAACUUCAUCCAUAGUGGUACUCACAUGGUUCUUCUACGUAAUCGCCAUAUAGUGAGUAUUAUAAGUUAAGUACUCGGUCUUUAAGAGAAGGACUACGUGAGAAUCCAUAUUAGAUAAGUUCGCUCUGCCGCCUUUAUUAUUUUGUCUUAUUUGUAACGCCUAGAUGUAUGAGAAGAGCGCGUUGCCGUGUACCAGCCAAUAAAUAUGUGGGACACCAA